UCUCAUAAUUUUGCAUUGUAAUUUGCAGCACCAACUUUCACUAUUCGGCAGCGAAAUAAAUGGCUCAUCAUUUAUUUUUUAAUCGCAUGGUUCUUACUAUAUUCUUAAUUGUUCUCUCAAGCAUGCAAUCCCAUGCACAACUUUCAUCAAACUUCUAUGAUAAUACAUGUCCUAAUGCAUUGAGUACCAUACGGACAGCCAUCAGGUCUGCCGUCUCGCGUGAGCGUAGGAUGUCAGCAUCUCUCGUUCGCCUUCAUUUCCACGAUUGUUUUGUUCAGGGUUGUGAUGGUUCAAUCUUGCUGGACGAUACAUCUUCAAUGACUGGAGAAAAAUUUGCACGCAACAAUAAUAAUUCUGUUAGAGGAUUCCAAGUCAUAGACAAUGCAAAGGCGCAAGUCGAAAGCAUAUGUCCUGGAAUAGUUUCUUGCGCUGAUAUCGUUGCAGUUGCAGCACGGGAUGCGUCUGUUGCUGUCGGUGGCCCAUCAUGGACAGUGAAGCUUGGGAGAAGAGACUCUACCUCUGCAAGCCAAAGACUAGCUGAUGCAAACCUUCCUGGAUUUACAGAUAGUCUGGAAAGUCUAAUUUCUCUAUUUGAACGCAAGGGUUUAAGUGCAAGAGAUAUGGUUGCUCUUUCAGGAGCACAUACAAUUGGGCAAGCUAGAUGCCUGACCUUUCGUGGUAGGAUUUACAAUAAUGCAAGUGAUAUUGAUGCUGGCUUUGCAAGUACCCGAAGACGCCAAUGUCCGGCUAACAACGGAAACGGAGAUGGAAAUCUUGCAGCACUUGAUUUGGUUACACCUAAUUCUUUUGAUAACAACUACUUCAGGAAUCUUAUUCAAAAAAAGGGUCUUCUUCAAUCAGAUCAGGUACUUUUCAGCGGCGGAUCUACAGAUAAUAUUGUUAAUGAAUAUAGCAGGAGCCCGUCAACUUUCAGUUCUGACUUCGCUUCUGCCAUGGUAAAGAUGGGAGAUAUAGAGCCUCUAACUGGUUCUCAAGGAGAGAUACGGAGGCUUUGCAAUGUGGUGAACUUUUCAGGAGUGAAAAAGUCGAGGUUUCCAAGGUUGUCAUCCCCUGACCCAUCACCAGGACAAGGAACUGUGUCCACUAUAGUUCUGGCAAAUCCAGCAUCAAUAUCAUUUCCAUUGCCGUUGACCCUGUCACGGAAGAAAAAGCAUUUUGCUCGUCCAAAUGACAAUCCCACUGUAUUCCACAAGCAAAAUGUUUUUGAUACAUGUAAAAAGAAGAAAAGCAUAAAGCAGUUAGGCAGACGGAGAAUAGGAAAUAUGGCUUGUCGUUUAUCCGUUACUUGUUUGGUUUUCGCAAUAUCAUUAAUGACUUGCUUAUGGGCAUGUCAAGCACAGCUUUCUGAUGAAAGCUUCUAUAACCAGAGAUGUCCUACUGCCCUGAGCAUUAUAAGGGGAGGUAUUAGUGCAGCUGUUGCGCGUGAGCUGAGAAUGGCUGCUUCGCUUAUUCGCCUGCAUUUCCAUGAUUGCUUUGUUGGGGGUUGUGAUGCCUCAAUCUUGCUGGAUGAUCCACAAGGCGAGAGGAGUUCAAUCAGUAAUGCCAACUCUGUCAGGGGAUUUGAAGUAAUUGAGGCUAUCAAGGCUGACCUUGAGAGACAAUGUCCGCAGACUGUUUCAUGUGCUGAUAUAGUUGCAGUAGCAGCUCGCGAUGCAUCUGUUGCUGUUAGUGGACCAACAUGGUCAGUAAAGCUUGGAAGAUUGGACUCCCCCACUGCUGCAACUGCAGCCCAAGCUGAUGCCAAUCUUCCUCGAUUUGAUAAUACUCUCGCUCAACUUAGGGGAUUCUUCAAUCCCAAGGGUUUCUCAGACAGAGAAAUGGUUGCCCUUUCAGGAGCACAUACAUUUGGCAGAGCAAAAUGUUUUUUCUACCGCAACAGGGUGAACGGCAAUGGAAAUAAUAUCGAUGCUGGAUUUGCUCGUCUGAUAAGAGAUACAGUUCCUUGUCCAGCUGAUGGCUCAGGGGACGAAAACCUUGGCGACCUUGACGCGUUGACUCCUGAAACUUGGGAUAAUAGAUACUUCAGAAAUCUUAUCGAAAGAAAGGGCCUUCUUCAAUCUGACCAGGAACUUUAUAGUGGUGGAUCAACAAACAGCAUUGUCGAAGAGUAUGAUAGAGAUGUUUCAAUCUUCAGGUCUGAUUUUGCGUCUGCCAUGGUAAAGAUGGCAGAUUUAAACCCAAUAACUGAUCCUAAUGUUGGGCAGAUAAGAAGGAUUUGCAGUGCUGCUAACUAAUUUGUCAGAUGAUCAUUUAAUCAAGUAUCAAUAGUGUUAUAAGUUUGGUCUUUAAAUAUUGUACUGUGGGAGAAUAGGCUAGAGCGAGAUGUAUCUCACUUGAUGCAAUUGUACUGUCUGAUUGACAAAUGUUCACCAGUUUUCCUUUACAAGAAGUUUAAUUUAGUAACAAUCUAGAAAAUUCAGUUAUCA